GCUCCGAGUGCGCAGGCGCGUCGCGGCGGUACUCGGCUGGGCUCCGGACGCGCCAGCGGCGGCGAAGGUACCGGGCUGCGGCGCCUCCAGCUCCGCCCGCAGUGGCCAGCGCCAUGGGCUCCUGAGGCCAGCCCAUCCAUCAGUCACUCAAAGAGAUUCUCUCAGGGAGCCUGCUGCUGCUGGGCACCAUGACAAUGAGGGGGGCUGCGCUGGCCCCAGACCCAGCAUCACCCACAACUGCAGCAGCUUCCUCUGGUGUUUCUGCAACCCCUGAGGGCAGUCCUACAGCUAUGGAGCAGCCUGUGUUCCUGAUGACCACCGCUGCCCAAGCCAUCUCCGGCUUCUUUGUGUGGACAGCUCUACUCAUCACCUGCCACCAGAUCUACGCGCACCUGCGCUGCUACCGCUGCCCCAACGAGCAGCGCCACAUCGUGCGCAUCCUGUUCAUCGUGCCCAUCUACGCCUUUGACUCCUGGCUCAGCCUCCUCUUCUUUACCAACGACCAGUACUACGUGUACUUCGGCACCAUCCGCGACUGCUACGAGGCCUUUGUCAUCUAUAACUUCCUGAGCCUGUGCUAUGAGUACCUUGGGGGCGAGAGUGCCAUCAUGUCUGAGAUCAGAGGGAAAGCCAUUGAGUCAAGCUGCAUGUAUGGCACGUGCUGCCUCUGGGGAAGGACCUACUCCAUCGGGUUCCUGCGGUUCUGUAAACAGGCCACCCUACAGUUCUGUGUGGUGAAGCCACUCAUGGCUGUCAGCACCGUUAUUCUCCAGGCCUUCGGCAAGUACCGGGACGGGGACUUUGAUGUCACCAGUGGGUACCUCUAUGUGACUAUCAUCUACAACAUCUCCGUCAGCCUGGCCCUUUACGCCCUCUUCCUCUUCUACUUCGCCACCCGGGAGCUGCUCAGUCCCUACAGCCCUGUCCUCAAGUUCUUCAUGGUCAAGUCCGUCAUCUUUCUCUCCUUCUGGCAAGGUAUGCUACUGGCCAUCUUAGAGAAAUGUGGGGCCAUCCCCAAGAUCAACUCAGCCCGUGUGUCAGUGGGCGAGGGCACUGUGGCUGCUGGCUACCAGGACUUCAUCAUCUGUGUCGAGAUGUUCUUCGCAGCCUUGGCCCUACGGCAUGCCUUCACCUACAAGGUCUACGCUGACAAGAGGCUGGAUGCUCAAGGCCGCUGUGCCCCCAUGAAGAGCAUCUCCAGCAGCCUCAAGGAGACCAUGAGCCCACACGACAUUGUGCAGGACGCCAUCCACAACUUCUCCCCUGCCUACCAGCAGUACACCCAGCAGUCUACUCUGGAGCCUGGGCCUACCUGGCGUGGUGGCACCCAUAGCCUUUCCCGGUCCCACAGCCUUAGCUGUGCCCGGGACAAUGAGAAGACUCUGUUGCUCAGCUCUGAUGAUGAGUUCUGAGUGUGGGCACUGGUGGGGAGGGAGAGGUGCCUCCUCCAGCCUCCAGCCAGGCUGGGGAGCAGCCAGCACAGUGUUGCUGUUGCCCCUUUAUUUAUUGGACCAGAAACACUCACAUAUCACUUCCAGAGGAACAAGCCUCAGGAAUGUGUCUACAUGGCCAACCCUUCACUAUUGGGGCAAGAGCAGAGGACACUGGCCGUAGCUGCCACACCUCUGCUGCCCAGCCUGUACCGGGGACACAUCUGGAACCAGCCAUGACUGGGCCCAGAUGCUUGUGUGUUGGCCAGAAGCUGCAUCCUGAGCCCUCUCCCCAACAAGACAUCUGCCGAGGCUGUCGGGCCCAGCCGACCCCACACCGUGCAAUACCCAGACCUGAUCUGAUCUUCCCACCUGCCUGCCCUUCCUGUUCAUUUUUGUCCAACGUGAGCUUUGCCUCAUUCCUGGCAGGGGGGAUGUGAGUGCUCUGUGGACCCUCCCCUUUUCCCAAUCUAGGCCUGCCUAGCAUGCUGCAAGGGGUCAGGGCCAGACCCCAGGGGCCUCAGGGCCCACCUAGGAAGGGUGCCUCCAUGCCUAUGUGCCCUUGGGUGUUCUCAUCAUGGCCACUUGGCCUGCUUCUUGGCUCUUCUGGUCUGUUGAGGACAGCCGGCAGCCUACACUGCUCUCUCAUUUGGGUCCAGUUCUUGAUAGUUUGGGGCAGAGCCCCCCCUAUAUUUCCUGACUGUGCCAGGGCUUGGGUUCCCCACCACCUCCUCAAUGGAGCAGUCAGACUCCUGCCGGGGCCUGGGAAGUCUGGUUGCCCACAUCUCAACCCACUUCCAGAGGAGGCUGGGGAGAUGGUUAUGCAGCGGGCGUAAGGUAGGGGUGGUCUCAGACCCUUCUGGGUUCCCUGGCCAUGUAGGGCCUGGUGUUCUGCUCCCUCUGCCCCCCUGGCCCAUCUCUUCUGUGCCUUAGUCACAUAUGAAAGCCCCUCCCCAGUCCCCAGUCUGUCCCAGGCACUUCCUUGUUGAGCUGCAGGCACUCAGGACUCUGAGGGUGGGCACGGGGUCAGGUGCCCUUGUCUGGGACCACCUGUUCUCUCUCCUGACUCCUCCUCUCACAUCCAGAGCGGCCUCCAGGGAUGGAGCCUCCAAGGUAGGGUGGCAGAGGACCUGGCGAGUGGAAUCCACACAGCAUUUGGGUUUGGCUUCAGUAGCUUCUUGAGGUGGACAGAGUGGUGUAGAAGAGCCUGGCCUUGUGGCCUUCACUGGAAACUCUCCGCCUGGUCACUUCUGGAACAAACAGGUUCCUUCCCUAGGGUCCGUGGGAAGGGCCCUCAUGGGGCUGUUGCAUCCUAGCAACCUUCUUAGCCUCCUUCCUGAGCAUGUGGGGUGCCAGAGGGCCACACUCAGCUCCACCCAGUAGGCCUAGCCAGCUGGUCCCAAGCUUGCUGAGGAAGGCAAUUGACAGGUGGGAGCUCCUUGGGGCAUGGCCAUGGCUCCCCCCAGGAUUGCUUCCACCAGUCUGUUUCUCAGACUUUCCCCUUCUUUCCAGGCCAAAGUAUGUUGCUGGUUCCUGUCCCCACUGGUCCCUACACCCCCUGGCACUUGCCUGCUGGCAUGGUGGGUGAGGCUGCGGGGGAGCUCAGUGGCAGGAAGCUAGUGGUCCUUGGGAACACGGAACAGGAACCUGUACCCAACUCCCCCAUUCUUUCUUUCUAGGAUGCAUAACCUAUCUUGUCUCAUUUAUUUUUUAUUUUUUUCCAGAUAGAGUAGCUCUUUGUACAUAAAAGAAAAUACUUGAAAAUUAAUUGUAUGAUGUAUGAGAAGACAGAGCCCCCUAGUUUUGUAUCUCGUUGUGUGACUGCCAUGCGUUCCACCAGAAAGCCGUUCUAUUUUGGUCUCUGUGAUAUUUUAAAUGCGUGACAGAAGCAAGCAAAUAAAGUCAGGAAGAAGUAUAUAUAUGAGAUAAUAUAGAUUGUAUCAAAAUCUC